UGACGAUGUUCUUAGUGUUGAUUUACUGGACGAACGACAAGAGUUAACUAACUUACAAAAUGAAAUUGAAAAAAAUAAGGACUUAAAUGGGCUUUUCAUAUUUAUAUAUCCUAAGUAUGAUACUGAAAAAUAUAGAACAGAGUCCAAUUAUUUUAAAGAAGAAUUAGAGCAAAUUAAAAACAAGAACUAUGCUAUUUAUGGUUUAUCAGAUGACAACACUGAGGAGGAAGUAAUGUGGUCAGAAGAAUUAACAACUCAGUUACUGUUUGACACUGAAAAAGAUUUGUUAAAAAAACUAGGCUGCAAAAAUGAAGAAGGCAAAAUAAUAAGAUCGCAUUUGAUUAUACAAAAUGAUUCUAAGGUUUCUUAUUUUGAAAAAGAAAUAGACGAAGAUAUGUCGUUUGAAAAUGUAAUUAAUUUUCUUUCAGUUAAUGAAAAUGAUAAAACUUAUGAGGAUACGAUAAAAGAUACAUCAGUAGAAAAUGAAGAAAUUAGUAGUAAUGAGUUAGUCACAGAAAAUAAUAAAAACAUAAAUAAUGAAAAGGAAAAAUAUGAUGAUGAAAAUAUGAAAACAGAUGAAGAAAUGACUAGAGAGGAUGAGGAUGAAAGUGAUAAACCCUAUGAAGCACUGAGUACUGAUAUUAAAAACUCUGGCCAUGAGGAAUUUGAGCAUGAAAAAUCUGACCAUGAGGAAUCUGAGCAUGAAAAAUCUGACCAUGAGGAAUCUGAGCAUGAAAAAUCUAAUUAUGAGGAAUCUGAGCAUGAAAAAUCUGAUUAUGAGGAAUCUGAGCAUGAAAAAUCUGACCAUGCAGAUAUAAAUCAAGAAGAAAGUUUUGAAGAAAAUAAUUCCGAAACAGAAAAAGAGAAAGAAGAUAAAGAUGAUGAUAAAACAUAUAAAGAAGACGUAGAAGAAAUCGAAAAAGAUGAAACUCAUAAGUAUGAAUAUGAGAAUACUAAUGAAGAUAUAGAUGAAAAAACGGAUGAACACGCGGAAAACGAAACUAAUAAUGAAACAUAUGAAAAGGACGAAAACGCAGACAACAGCGUUGAGAUUACGAGUGGAUAUUCUGAAAAUGUAGAUAACCAAACUGAGAAUGUAGAUGACAAAAAAGAAGAAAAUGAUAAGGAUAUUGAUAUUAAUAAAAGAAAUGAAAAAAGUGUUGGAGAUACUAAAACAAAAGUUGAUAAGGAAAAAAAACAGACCAAAAAAACAACUCAAAAAAAAAGUAAACCAAAUAAUUUGAAUGAAGAAAAAAAAGCGAAGUCUGCAAAAAAUAUGUUGAAAAAUGAUAAAAAGAAGAACGAAACAAAAA